AUGGAGAUGGAUUCAGCACUCUCACGACCCAAAAUGAGCUGGAGACUUAAAGCUUUGCUGAUGGCCAUAGAAAUCAGGGAGCCCAUCGUCCAGGCACUGGACUGGGGCCUCAUUAUCCAACUAGCAACUAAGAAAAAGAGGGACGCUCUACAGAUGGACAACUUACUUUCCAAAAUCGGGGACAUCGAGGUGAGACACAAAAAGGACUCUCUCUCUCUGUCGAGGAUUACAUGGUAUUGCUGGAUCUUAGGAGGCAGCUGCAGGCAAUGUUCAUCAAAAAAGCACUGUAGACACAUGAAAAGACACGCUUUUUUUUUUACAUACGCGAGAAUAAAGGGGGCAAACUCCUGGCUGGAUACUCAGAGGUCAACAAAUCCAUGCACAUGUACACAAACUGAAACUAACAGGGUGCAAGAUGAUGCAACACCCGGAACUUAUAGUGACUGAAUUCCGCACUUUUUAUUUGAACUUAUACAACCUAUGACAGCAAACCCCAACAGACCGCUCACACACUAAGACAGAGGCAAUUCAACAAUAUCUCUCAAACGUCCUCUCCAAAACUGUGAAAAGAAGCGGAUCUCAUGGAUCGCCAAUCAAGGAUGAUGAGCUGAAGGCGGCAAUUAAGAUCGCAAAAACAG